AUGGAGCCUGGUGAAACGGACCCGAUGCAAACGGCAAGUCCGUGGCCGUCUGCGCUUCAACACAAAAGCUUUCCCAUCUGCCCCACACCGAACUCUUCGCGUCCGCUCAUCGACAAGCCUACGCCGUGCGCCUCAAGCGGUGACCAAUCUCCUGCCGAUACUCAUAUGACAUCUCCUUCAUCGGAGACCUACACAACAACCAUGGCUCAAACUCCCCAUGCGGCCGGUAACUAA